GACACGCGCACUGGUUCCUGCAUUCUCUAUUUAUAUCGACGACAUUCCCCUUGCCCGCAGCCCCGCACAUGCGCUAUGCACAUCUGACAAUACCAACAGUGAAAAGUGUACAUCAUGGUUUCGCUGUCUACAACGUUUCAGUUAGUACUAUUAGAGGAAGUACUACGCUAAUUAGUGGCUAGGACACUUUGUGGCCGGCGGCGUUUAGUGCGUCGCAGAAUGGCCGAUGUCUGCAUAUCGACGCUAUUCGACAUUGCAGUAAUUUUGCGUCACAUAUCAUCUGUGUCGCCGGCUUCAGUAGCGCGAUCGUGACGCCGCAGAUUACAGUUCUGGUGGUACGAUGGCGUCUACAAUGCAGCUCGAGUUCACACAGGCGAUGACCGACUUCAAAACAAUGUUCCCGGAUAUGGAUGACGAUGUGAUCGAGGCGGUACUUCGCGCAAAUCAAGGCGCGGUGGACGCUACCAUCGAUCAGCUGCUCGCUAUGAGCACAGACAAUCAAAAUGAGCGUUUACGUCUUGAAAUGGAGAAAAUAGAGAGUUGUACACCUACACGUCGCAAAGACCGACGGACGAACUCUAAGGCCGAAAGUGGCGAAGACAGUGAUACUACGGCGCUUGUAGACGUUGAGGAUGACUCGAUUCCUCUUGCGAUACGAAAAAAAUGGGUGCCGUAUAUGCUAGGCCCACUACCUCCCAUGUUUCUCCGAAUUCCUCCAUGCACGGACGCAAGAAUAGAUCUCAGUCUGGAGAUGGAUGACGACCGUAUAGCCACAUUCUUACAAAACGAAGAAUUUAUGGCCGAACUUAGGUGGAAUCAAGAGUUUAUGGCAGCGUUAGACAGUGAACAGGGACAAAAGACAAAGGGCCACGAUGAUGAAGCUAUUUUCAAGGAAAGACUAAAAAAUAUGGGAAAAAUGUCACGCAAGAAAUUCGCACAGUUGUCACGUAUGUUUUCACGAGGGGGUUUACGGAAGUCCAGCAAUGUACGAGCACCACCACGAGGUCCGCCAGACAGCUUACUGUUACAGGAAGAGCACAGUGAUGAUGACGAUCGACCCCAACAUCGAAGUAACAAAAUAUAACCAACAUUCUUAUACGCAUUUGGUCUUAUCGAAAUUAGACAAAGUCUAAUAGAUAAUGAAGCUGUUAAUUCUAUGCGAUGUUAUCUUACCAGCCUGUUAUAAGUAGGCAUAAAUUACGCUGCUAUUCAUAUUAAUGCCUAUGGAUAAUUUAUGAAGCGAGUUCGUUGAAUAUUUGGAACCGUGUUACAAAAUAAUAAAAUAAGAGGAUUUUUAAAGUAAAAGUACGGAUUCUCACUUCUUCACCGUAGGUACUUACUAGAAACUAAUAAUAUUAAUAAUAAUAUUGAUAAAAAAUCUGAUAUAAUAGAAC